AUGUCCACUUAUCUCAUUUCUAUAGCUAUGCAGGCUAUAAAAUGUGUGGUUGUGGGUGAUGGUGCGGUCGGUAAGACAUGUCUUUUGAUUUCGUACACAACGAAUGCUUUUCCUGGCGAAUAUAUACCAACUGUAUUCGAUAAUUACUCGGCCAAUGUUAUGGUUGAUGGACGUCCGAUCAAUCUAGGCUUAUGGGAUACCGCAGGACAAGAGGAUUACGACAGGUCUCCUUUUAUAUGCUACUUAAUUUUGCUUGGUUGUUUUUGA